UCCUAGUGGGCGGCGGGCGGGCCGAGGGCCGACCCGGGGCGGGCCGUCGCAGAGCCUCCGCCUCCUCGGCCUUCUCCGGGCCCAGGCCCCAGGGUGAUUCCCCAGCGGGACAGGCUGAGCGGCGGCAGGGAGAGCAUCCGAGGGGAGCGUAGGACGCGAGGCCCUGAGGCCGGGAGAGUGACAGGCUGCCCUUCGUCGUCAGCCGGGGACGAGUACGCUGCUACCCUCGCGCCCGCCCGGCCACGAUCCCUCGUCCGCAGAGAUGUCAGCCGCCGGCGUACGGGGCCUGAGGGCCACCUACCACCGGGUCCUCGAUAGAGUGGAGCUCAUGCUGCCUGAGAAAUUGAGGCCGCUGUACAACCACCCGGCAGGUCCCAGAACAGUUUUUUUCUGGGCUCCAAUUAUGAAAUGGGGGUUGGUGUGUGCUGGAUUGGCUGACAUGGCCAGACCUGCAGAAAAACUCAGCACAGCUCAGUCUGCUGUUCUGAUGGCUACAGGGCUUAUUUGGUCAAGAUACUCACUUGUAAUUAUUCCAAAAAACUGGAGUCUGUUUGCUGUUAAUUUCUUUGUCGGGGCAGCAGGAGCCUCUCAGCUCUUUCGUAUUUGGAGAUAUAACCAAGAACUAAAAGCUAACGCAAACAAGUGAAAGAGUUCCUGAUCAUCCCAACAACCUAGCUGUAGCCAUAACCACUGGGACCUAGUUUGAUUUAUUAUUUGUUAUUGGUAAGGUGAUGCUCUCUAUGCUAAUAAUUGGGAUGCAUUUUAAAAAUCUAACUUAAAUAGAAACUAGUACUCAAUUCAGCAGAAAAAUAAAGCAAAUUUUUAAUAACAGUGUCUCUCUACAUAUGACUUAAGGAACUUAUCUAUGGGUAUUAGUAACAUUUUUUCCCACUCUCUUCCUGUAAUAAAUUAUACUUACUCAUUCAUACCCCUGGCCUCCUCCUGUUCUAGUUCACCAAAGUAUGUGUGUUUAAGAGUGCACACGUUCAAGCGAGUCAAGAGAUAGUUGAAAGGUCAAGUAAUCUAUUUUCAGUGAAGGAUGGUGAAGUAGCUAAAAGUGGAAGGAAAUAGAGCUAAAGAGGGUGAGAUGGGUAGAAUGGCUAGCAAAAUGACUUAGAACUAUUUUAAGAGAUUUUAACUUGAAAAUUAUAUUUUGCAUAUUGUAUGAAAUUCUUUUAGAGCUAUCAGAGUAAUGAAGGAUUUCUAAAUGUUCGGCUUUCUGUAAAUGUCUGGGACCUUCACCCCCAUUAUGAGGAAAGACUGAGCAUAGAUUGCUGCAUACUAGAAAUAAUUAACAGUCUAUUGGAUGUGAGCUCCAAUUUGGCAUAUGGAGUUUUCUAAAAAUUGUAGUAAAGCCAGUCUAGUUAGAACUGCAGUCAGAGGAAUCAGCAAGCAGAUUAUUUCUAAAUAUGAAGAAGCGAGUAACAAAAGAACUUGUUGAAUAAUAAUAUACUGUAACAGUCAAAAGUUGGCAAUUAGCCAUUGAAAACCCUGCACAACUUCAUAUAUCCCUUCACUUUAGUCCAUCUUUGAGAAGGAAUUUGACAUUGGCACUGCUUCCUUUUUAUAAGCUACACUGUUAAAUUUGUUUGGCAUGUGUGUGUGUGUGUUUCCUAGAGUUAAGCAUUUAGGAAAAACUUCUAUUAUGAAAUAUGGCAAAACACAAAAAUAAUUAAAAUAUAUUUUGAAAUGGU